CUGUUAUGCUUCUUAUCUUGUUGAUGUUAUCCUUUUGACGGACGUUUGUGUUCUGCGCGUAGAAUUGAAGAAUAUCAUUUGUCAACAACACGUAUCCUUUCAUCCUUUCAUUGUCACUGCUGUCAUUUUAUAGGGAUGAGUGUACUUCCUAUCAUAAGAGAGGACUUUUUGGCAUAAAGCCUUUCGGUAGUAUAAGGAAGUUAGUGCCAAUCGACUGCAAGUGAAUAUUUUAUGAACUUUCCAGUUUGUUUUGGCAGGAAAAACGUAAAAAGUAUGUAAUUUUGACCAAGCUGACAUAAAACAAUCCGAAGUAAUGGAAAAAAUUCGCCAAUAAUCUUGAAUUAAUGUCAUAUCGGACGAACAACGAGCACAUUCUUAGGCCAAAUUAACAUAAUGAUGAAAAAAUGUCAAUUAUAAUUGCAAUUGUUCUUGUGGGAUUCUUUGAAAUUGGCUCCUCACAAUAUCUGACCAAUACCGUUCAUAAAACCCCAGCCGCGGCGGAAAAAGUGAACCAUCUUUGGUGCUACUCUUGUAAUGCAACCGAGGAUGGCGAGGCAUGUGUUGAGCUGUCUGCAAAUAAUUCCUCUUUUGGUAAAAAGUGCUUUGCUGAUGAAUUCAUCUGUAUGGUUAAACAAUUUUCUUAUACAACGCACACUAGCAACUCGAAUGUGUCGGAGCCCAAGCUUUGGUCCUUGGAACGCAAAUGUAUCAAUACAUGUGAACCGGGUUGCAUAAUCAUAGGCGAACGGACCAAACUUUACGCCUGCACAAGCUGCUGUGACCAAUCUCUGUGCAAUGUUGGGAAGGCUCAAUCGACAAAUAAUUUCGCCCAAACAAGUUGGUGGACCUUGAGCUUGAUGGGAGUCAUCACACAAUAUCUUCCCUUACUACGGAAUUUCCGAUAGAUGAUAAGCGCACUGUACAGAGGAUCAAUGAACGAGAUCCGUUCUAACUUUGACUAUAGAAUUGCCAAAUGUUGCGUAAAAAGCAUAUGAACAAAAUAGACGUUUCAAUCAAAUGGAAACAAGCUAGAACUGAAAUCGAAACAUAUAGAAUGCGGACAAAAAAAAACGAAUUAUUAAGUCUUCUUGCACCUCUCAAAUAAAACUCGGCAUAAAGUUUUGUAGCUUAAGAAAUUCUUCGUUUCAAAUAAUGUCCAUCCGUGUUUGAAUCCAAAUUUUUAAAUUCAAAUAAUUUCCUCGUCCACUUCAACAUAAUAAGAAUUCGAAAAUUUCUUCAUAUUUUCUACAAUUUAGAGAAACAUAAGCAAGUUGGAAGGCCGCCUAAUAGGAAAACCACAGUGUACAAUCGGACAAAGAUUGAGCCAAAGGAGAAAUAAAUUGAGGGCCAAAUAUAACAUAAGUGAGAGAAUAAACGAGCAGAAAUAUUCUUGAGCAGAAUAGUUUGCCAUACAUCUGAUUUUAAGCGAGAUAUGUAGGUUUUUGCUGUCAUUACUUUUAUGUAGUCUAUCGCAAUGAAUAAAAUUUUAUUAAAAAUCAAA